AUGCAUCGCGCCGCAGAGCGCGAAGUACGAGUGCUCUCGCGCUUCCGACAUCCGCACAUCGUCAGCCUCCUCGGGUUCGCGAUCUCUGGCGCCGAUCGUUGCCUCGUCUACGAGCUGCUCCCAGGCGGUGCGCUCGACGUCGCGCUGCAGGACGACGGGCGCGCUGGCGAGCUCACGUGGCGGGUGCGCGCGCGCGUGGCGGCGGGUGUCGCCAAGGCGCUCAAUUACCUCCACCACGGCGGCGGCGGCGAACGCUGCUUCCAUCGCGACGUCAAGGCUGCCAACAUCUGCCUGCACGCCGACCUCUCGCCGGCGCUAAUCGACUGCGGCCUCGCCAAGCACAUCCCCGCCGAGGCUGGCGGGCUGCAGACCUCGACGGGCGGCCGCUUUGGCACGCCGGGCUACAUGUGCCCGCGCUACGCCAACGGCGGUGCGUUCGACGACAAGUCGGAGGCGUAUUCAUUCGGCAUCGUGCUGCUCGAGCUGAUCACGGGGGAG